UCUUAUCUUUUUGAACUACAUUUAACAAAGUUUGAAUGAGUUCACCAUUGGCCGACUUGGUUGUGAAGAUUGAAGGAAUGGGGUUCCUUUUGCUGUAUUGUUUCGCUGCAAUUAUUGUCAGUGUAUCCACAUCAGAGUAUAGUUAUUGUUCAAUGUAUCCAGAAUACAACGUCCUUUACAAUCUUACAAGGCAUAACAAUUGUUUGGAUGUAAAGAAAGUAUUCGAUCUCCUUCAGCCACUGAACGACGUUGAUAAUAAACCUUCAUGUAGGCUGCAUAUAGUAAAAGUUUUAGCUGAUCACUUUGGACCGAAUGCAACAAUACCACACCACUGCAGAUGUGACGGUGGAUUAGAUCUAGUGCAAUAUCAUACAAACGUUCAUGACGGCACCACUGAUCAUCGGGACGCGUGUUCGAAGGAUCAUGCUCCGUACAGAACAUUGUACAACCAGUUCUUUGGGUCACAUCAUCACCAUGACGGUCAAUGCAGGACUCAUGAUUCAGUUUGGUAUGCCCUUAACAGAAUAAAUAAAGACGGAAAUGACACUGACAGAUGUCAAAAGGACUUCAUACUUCAUCUCAGUUACUCUUUCAAACAUCACUCUGAUAAUUGUAGAUGCGAAGAUACUUCUAACCUUCCAUCGACAAGAUCUAUAACACACUCAACAACAAGUCUGCCAACAAAUCAUUAUAUAACUUGUCAAAGGUUUAACAGUUUUACAAAACUAAUGCACCUGGUAGAUGACUGCAUGAGUGCUAAUUCAGUGUGGCACUAUCUGGAUGACCUUCAAGUCAAAGACCCUGAAUGCCGAAAGAUUAUACAACGUUAUUUGGCCGAACAAUACAAAAACAGCAUUUCAAGCUUUCAGAAUAUGGGUAUAUGUACCUGCCACGAACGUUCACAGCUUGUUGAUCACCACAUUCCUCAUUUGAAAAAUGGUAGCUUGAGUCAAUGCUCUAACACUAAUGGAACAUAUUCUAGCAUUGUUAAAGAGUUUUUAAAACAAGUUCAAGGACAUGGCUGUCAGAAUCAUGAUGUUUUGUGGGCAAAACUUGAAGGAGUUCAAAGCCACUGUAAUGUCCACCACCACCAUGGAUCUUGUGGUCAAUGGACGGACUGUCAACAGGACCUGAUUAUCAGAGCUGCUGUUCAGUACCCAACAGCUAAUUCCGACAGUUGUGUAUGUGUCAAAGCAAACAUGCCCCUAACAUCUUUAUUUACAGCAGCAACGCCAAGCAAAACAACAGCUUCAGUGCAAACAACAUCAGCCCCAACCACAUCUGUGGCCUCAAUUUUUACAGUAUCACCAAGACAUUUUACAUGUGCAGAAGUCUUGGUUGUUGAAUAUAUUGCCCUAGCACAACACACAACUCAUCCUGAAGCAAGCCCUUGUGAUCCAAUUAAUGGCGGAUCUGACGAUGCCUAUGUUCUUGCCUCGUGUAACAUGACGUCACCGAUGACGUGGAGAAGAGGAAAAAGUAUAAUGACUGAUUGCAAAUCCAACACACAUUUGAUUCCAGGAUUUACUCCAAUAUCGACAUUUUCACAGGACAACUUUAACUCAAUAGGUUCACAAUCGGGUGUAUUUCUUGAAUGUUAUAAUAGCGGAUUUAAGAUGGCGAUUCAAAAAUGUAACAGUUAUCCUGAGAUUAUUCAUGUUGAAGGUGGUGCACACUUCAACAAUGACCCUAAUAACUAUUAUGUAAUUGUCUAAAAUAUUCUCAUAUUGCAUAUUGCCGCAAUGCCGUGAUCUCUUUUAUUUCUUAUGGUCUUUUUAUAGGUAUAAGAACCUUAAAAAGUAACAAUUUUCUUGCAUCAAAUGCAGCAUUGUUUUGAAAAAUAAAUGUUAAACAUUG